AUUCCCGAUUCCAGUGCCAUAUAUUCUAUGCUAUUCUUAUCAUCCACCACUCGCGGCUGGCCUGAUCGCGUUGAUAACGCGGACGGACCGUCGUUCUGACCAAUGGCCAAGCGCGAAAAGCACGAAAAGCAUUGGAAUAAAAAAUAGAAUCGUUCCGCGAUAGCACCCCUUGUCUCACAAAAGCGAAAGUCAAACGUGGGCAAACGUUUAUUCGUAAGGUUUCUUCAUAGGGCUAGCUGUUCCUGCUGUUCCAGCUCGCACAAUGGCCGGCAUGGGUGGAGAUGACUUGCCAGCGCUUGAGAAAAAAGCCAGCAAUAACAGUGAGCGUGACGCUAGGAAAUUUUGUGACGGGAUCCAUGGCACGCUGUCGGCGUCCUCACCACCUGUGGUGCGCACAUCGCUGAAGGCAAAAGAGUACAGCAUGUCACGGCCUAGACUUGGCAAGUGUGUCAUUUUCAAUAACAAGAAUUUCGACCUCCACACAAACAAGCCCGAGCGAACGGGCACGGACUUGGAUGCCAACGACCUUCGGAGCACCUUUCGUGACCUGGGCUUUGAAACAGUCAGGUACAAUGAUCUGUCAUGCAAGGAAACGAAGGACACUCUGAAGAACCUCGGAGAGCAAGACUACUCGGACGACGACUGCUUUGUGUGCUGCUUCCUGACGCACGGUGAUUCUGACGUACUCUAUGCAACGGACGGCAAGUUUCCUGUCGGUGCCGUUAUGGAGCCGUUUCACGGUGACGUCUGUCCCAGCCUGCUCGGCAAACCCAAGCUGUUCUUCAUUCAGGCCUGUCGUGGAGACACACUCAAGUCGGGCACCCAGGCAGUUAAAGACGCUGCAGACUCGCCUACCCGGGUAUUCCGCAUUCCCACUCAUGCCGACGUCCUGGUAGCCUACUCCACGGUGCCAGGCUUCUACUCGUGGCAUGACUCAACGGAAGGCUCAAUGCGAGGCUCCUGGUUCAUCCAGGCCCUCUGCUCGGUGCUCCGAGAGCGGGCACACUUUGCGGACGUGCUCUCGAUGCUGACAGUGGUGUGCCGCCGCGUGUCAUUGGACUGCGAGUUGUACACGCCGAACGACCUUCAUAUGCACUGCAAGAAGCAGGUUCCCUUCAUUACCUCCACACUGACCCGAAACUGCAGAACACAGUCAGCGUCCCCGUGUCCUGUGCCACCCACACCGCCGGAGGCAGAAGAGUACAACAUGCCGCACCGCAGACGUGGCAAGUGCGUCAUCUUCAAUUACCUGCGUUUCGAAAGUCAUCUAAAGGCGGCCGAGCGAACAGGCACGAAGAAGGACGCCGAUAGCCUUCAAAGUUGCUUUCGUUCAUUGGGCUUUGAAACGGUCACUCACGAUGAUCUAUCAGUCAGGCAAACUAAGGAAACUCUGGAUAACCAUGGAAAGCAAGAUUACUCAGAUGAUGACUGCUUUGUCUGCUGCUUCCUGACGCAUGGCGGUCAUGACCAUCUCUAUGGAACGGAUGGCAAGUUUUCUGUCAACGACAUUGUUGAGCCCUUUCUCGAUGAGGCCUGUCCCAGCCUGAUCGGUAAACCCAAGUUGUUCUUCAUUCAGGCCUGUCGUGGAGACAGAUUGGAUUCGGGCGCUCAGGUAGUUUUCGACACUGCGGACUCGCCUACCUGGUCAUACAAAAUUCCCGAUCAUCCCGACAUCCUGGUCGCCUGCUGCACAGUGCCAGGCUUCUACGCGUGGCGUAACAAAGUCAAAGGCUCCUGGUUCAUCCAGGCCCUCUGCUCGGUGCUCGAAGAGCUGGCUGGCUCUGUGGACCUGCUGUCAAUGCUGACAGUGGUGAACCGCCGCGUGGCAUUGGAACAUAAGUCGUACACGCCGAAGAACCCCCACAUGUGCUGCAAGAAGCAGGUUCCCUCCUUCACCUCCACUCUGAUCCGGCGGGUCUGUUUCAGGCAAAACUAGGGGUGGCUUACUCUUAGCCACACUGCCACCCUAGUCGAACAUAAGCUCUUCCUAUGAGGCGUUUACUAUGCUCAAAGGUCAUAAAGGGCCUUGAGGCACCUUCAAAAAAAAAAUUUAGUGCAGAGAUAUUUGGAAAGGACCUAAUGUGAAUGUAGUUUGAUAUAAGUUUUGUAUAGCUUGAACCUAUCUUAGAAGACGUGCAUUAGGUGAGUGGGACCAGUGGCAUAGUUUUUAUUAUUGCCUUGAGUUGCUCAAACUAGAUAUUAAAGUACAUGUAGCUGGUUGGUUGAAGGAACAAUAUCGAGGAAAAAAGGCUGUGGCAGUCUCUGUAAGGGGAACUGUUGUAAUGUGUAAAGCAUUUCAUGGGAUGAGGCAUAGAUGCAGCACAAAGCCAAGAUGGCCCUUAGCCUGAUGUGUUGGCUACACAAACCAUUUUAUACUUGCAUUUAAAUUGCCGAUGAACACACUUUACAUUGAGGCAAAAAAGAAAAAUAGUACAUCGUGUUCUAUGGGCAUGAAGUGCUACUUUGUUGUAUUGAGAAAUUCGUUAUUUUGAAUUUCAUUAUAUAGAGGUUUAACUAUAUAUUGUUUCCCCAUGUUGUGGAAGUAUUGAGGCAUAUAUAGGGGAGAUCUGUGCCAAGGAGGGUUACUCUGGUGCUGGACGCUGGCGAUGAGUGAAAAAAAAAACCAUCACGUGACUGUACACCUCUCCGCUCUCCCCUUCACGCCGCCUUGAGUUCCCGUUGCUUUGCACACACGCUGCACACGCGUUUUCGAGGGUUUCACGGCUCAUGAGGUGUUCCAAGAAGAUCCGCGUGGCUGAGCACUCCUUUCAUAGCUGCAGCGUGGGGAAAGGGCAGCGUCUACUCAGCCUCGUAGGAGAUGUGGAGCAGGUAAUAGCCGACGACAUCGUCCUGGUCUGAACGAAGGGCUUUUUGCAUAACGAAAUAUUUGUGGCGCAACUGAGAACGAAGAAGAAAAACGAGAAAAGCCAGGAUAGGGUGCCAGAUCCACUACAUUUGCCCCAAGAGACAGGAUUGUGCCUGUUCCUAAAAAAUAUAUCUGCUACAAACCUGUAUCGCUUAUGUUGGCUACCACGCAUUUCCAUCGGCACUGCGUAAAUAGACAAAAUAUAUCACCGCACAAAAUGUGAUGAGACAUGUGAGACAAAAUGAGACAUGUGAUGCACAAAUAGCACAUAAGUGUACACGCCUUUCGCUAGUGCAUCCACUAUGAUAUAGAAUAGCAGCAGCAGCAUAAAUACAGGGCGGCGCGGAGUCAACUGACAUGUUUCAAGUAGUGAUUUUUAGAGCUCAUUUCUUGGUUUGAUACAAUCUUUAUGAAAUCCAUCACAUAACGAACCGCCACAGUGGUCUAGUGUUUAAGGUGCUCGACUGCUGACCCGAAGGUCGCGGGAUUGAAACCCGGUCGGGGCUGCCGCAUUUUCGAUGGAGGCGAAACUGCUAGAGGCCCGUGUACAUAGAUUUAGGUGCACGUUAAAGAUCCCCAGGUGGUCAAAAUUUCCGGAGCCCUCCACUACGGCGUCUCUCAUAAUCAUAUCGUGGUUUUGGGACGUAAAACCCCAACAGUUAUUAUUAUUAUUGUAUGUUAAUACAGUAAUCAACAAGUAUGUAUUAUAAGUGAUGCUUGAUUGAGCUAAUCGAGCAUAAAAUUUACUGGCAGAUAUCAAACUGAGUUUUGAAGAACGUUUACCUGCUUUUGCUUGCGUAAACUGAUCCACGUUUUUAAAGAAUAAUCAAUCAGCAUUAGUGGAAACAUCC